AUGAAGAAAUUCAUCAGUCAGAAAAGGCCUGGUGAGGCCCCGGAGGGAGGAGGAAGAAGGAAGAAGACUCGAGUUUUAGAGUCUCAAUUCGAUCAAGUCUGGGUGGAUCCAUCCGCAGACGUGUCGACACCAAAGCCCUGUCAAGGAAUCCGCAUCACGAAGGACACAGCUCAGAAAUAUCGCGCCAACAUGGCCUACUUUUUCUCUAAGCGAAUAAGAGACAAGGCAAGAGACACAGCGAAGGUGGUUGAGGAGAAGUUUAGUGAAGAGAGCCUCAAUUCCUUCUUCACUAACAAGGAGAACAUUCGUUUCACCAAGGAUCAGUCGACAGCAUUUAAUGAGUUUAUUGACUCAUAUGCACCAGCUGAUACCUCGCAGUACGAGCUUGAUACUGUCGGAGAAGGUGUCUUCGUGUUUUGGUCAAAAGAAUGCACGAGAUUUAUUGACAUGAGUAGCAGCACCAGCAGAAGAAAACGCUGCAAAGCUUGCGUGACUGUAGACUCUUUGAUCUACCAUGAUAUUGAAAGGUCCAGGCCUCUUGGCAUUGAUGGAGCGGUGCCCAAGGACACACAAUACGCAGUGAUUCAGCAACAUCCCACUACUGUUGUCAAAGCGUUGGAGCAGAGAAGGGACAAGGUACGAACUGUAAAAUUGGAGAUUUUAAAAUUGGCUCGGAAAUCUCAAGAAUCGGAGCUGCAUAAGCAUGCUGGGUGCAGCACACAUGAGCUCGAAGAGGGAGUCCUGAAGGCAUUCAAAGUGGCAAAUAAGAAUAUCGAUGUGUACUUAGGUAAAAGCAAAGAGAUCAAAGAUGACCAAGUUGGCAAAGCACAAGUGAAAAAUCUAUGGGAAGUGCACAUGGAGCAUCUCCAAAAACUGAAAGAACGAGGAGGCAAAAUGCGUGGCGUUCGAUUCCAUCCGGAGCUCUUGAAUUAUGCUAUCUUGAUCCUUGCAAAGACUUCACAGUCAGUAUACACUGAGCUUUGA